AUGUCCGCCACGAUGAGACAGGACUUUACCCCAUCGCGCCCUGUUUCGAUGCAACAAAAGCUGCUUCAACAGCAACAGCUCCACCAACACUACAACGUCAAACCCAUCACCAUCAGGACAAACUCCAUGAACCUGCCCGGAUUCUCUCAACCCAGGUCCCAGUCUCGCUUUGCACGGAUACUCCAAUAUGGACAACAGCUCGCCAACAAGGUCAAGCGCUACCACCGGAUACGGACUCGGCGUGGAGGAUAUGAGAGCAAUUGGUACCGCCUCACAGCGGCAUUGUUGAUCCUGGUCGCCUUCUUUGCCAUCACCCGACUCUUCUCGUCAAUCACCUCCUUCCGCUUCUCCAGGAGCUCCCGGUUGGGACCACGGAUGGCCGAGACUCUCCAGGCGGUCGAAUCGUUAUCGUACGUCUCCAGCACUGGAUCCGUUGUGACCUUGGACAAGGAUAAGUUGUUUUCGGGAGUUAGGAGAUCGAAGCAAUACCAAGGAUCACGCAUUAGACGACAAAUCAUGGACAAUCAAAAGGACCCCAUCAUCAGGGUCGUCAAUGCCGAUUCCCUGGACGAGGCCCUGCGCCUGAAGCGUCAAGGAUACAAGCCCAUCGUCCUCGACAUGGCAAACAGAGAGUUCCCAGGUGGAGACUACCGGGCGGACGGGACAACACAGGAAGCAGGACUCUUCCUCAGGACGAACCUCUAUCACCAGGACAAAAAUGAGUUCAUGGAUCGUCCAGAAUGGAUGAGCUUUUUGGCUAUGGCUCCACUUCGUAACCCCCCUCUGGUUCCGAACCAGGCGAAUGAGAUGAUCCUCGGCGACAGGGCAACAAUCAUUACCAAGAAAAAAAUCCAAAAUAUGUUCCGCAUUGCCCUUGACAACGGCCACGACGCUAUCGUGCUAUCGGCUUUUGGUUGUGGUCGCUUGCACAAUCCUGCCGAGUCGGUUGCCAACAUCUUCAAGGAGGUGAUCCAUACCAACUACAUGGGAGGCGUCAAGAAAGGGCGUACCUUUGGCGAGAUUGUGUUUGCGAUCACGGACUACACGAGUCUGGACAGCGACCUGCCUGCGAACCAUAACUACAAGACGUUUAAGGAGGUCAUAGAAAGUCCGUAUAUUGUUGGAGAGGAGGAAGGAUCUGAGAGCUAG